AUGGUAUCCAAAGAUGGAACACCCGGGCUGGCAUCCAAAGAACCAAUCGAGGCUCAGAUGCAGGGGCCAUUCACUGUCCCACUUCUACACGGAGGAUCCAGAUUUAUGGAUCACCGUCCAUUACAAAGGCCAACACCGACGGUCUAACCAACAACGCAUCCAGCGAAUCAGGACCAACAUCCGAAGGUCUCCGGGAGAUACCAAUGCACAGGCUGCAAGAAACCAUGCCCUUAAUAGAGGAGUCAACUUCAAUAACUAAGCUUAUUUUUGAUUCCCAAAUCCGGGAAGCAUACUCGGACAAACAAUGUUCUCCAACUCCAGUAAAGCAUCUCAGGCUUGUUCAGGCUUACUCAGACGCCUCAGACAGCUAUUAUCAAUCAGAUGAUUCUUUUUCCAUGGAUGACUUUCUGGGCCACACAACUGAAAGCGAACGGCGUCCCCCAAUCUCACUUCCAGCGGAAAUAAGGAAAUCAAAGUUCAACAGAGCAAUCUGCAGGAAAUCUAAGUUUGUUACCUCUUAAAAUUGCCUGCCAACGGAAAAUCUGAGCACGCAACUGAAAAUCUACAGGAAACCUCAAAAGAAUAAGAGGCAGCACAACAUGACAACUAGGUCUAAAUCUAGAGAAUUUCCUUGGACUUAGUUUUUUCAAUUAGCUUUCUUUGUACUGUUUUUGUUUCCUUCUUUUAUUCGCAUUGUAACGUUUUCUUUAUUUUCAAUAAUAUACACUUUUUCCCAAAAAAAAAGAUCCUCC